CUAUCGGUAAUAUAUACAAAUAAACUCACCAUGCGCAAAGCGCAGGUCUUAUCCUAGUUAAUUUGUUAAUCAAGGAUUUAAAAUAUUAUCAUACUUUAAGAAACUAUAAGAAGAUUAUCUAAUAUACAAUUACAAAAUCUUCCAUUUUAUUGUAAUUCACGAUACGGCACAAAAGUAUACAUAUCCCCAAGAUCUUGGUUUCUUUUGCCUCCUCUUUUCCUAUGUAUACACUCAUAAGCAUAUUAAUUAGAAUCACAUCAGUUCUAAUGUUUGAAUCACUCAUCUAAGAGAUACGCAUGGUGAGUUGUUGAGAUCUCCCAAAUAUUCGUUUGAUAUCUUUAGUUAUACCAUUAUUGGUGAUUAAAUUAAUUUAUUAUCAACUUUGGGAUGCCGUCCAACAAAAUCAUGAUCAUGAAAUCAGAUUGUGUUCCAAUAAAGAUUGUCUCAUGACGUUUAAUUUAAGAACAAUGGGGUAUAUAUUAAGAAUUUAUAAUACUGAAAGCCGAUAUUAUUUCCAACCAGUAUACAAAGCAUUAACAACAAUCGAAAAAUACAAUUAAAAUUCGAUCUUAUAUCAUUUAGAAUACAAAUUACAUUAAUCGAAGAGCUUUGAUGGUAUUUAUAUAUUAAUAUUAAUUUAAGAACUUAAAACAUACUACUGUCUUUAACAUUUCAAAAAAGAAUUAAUAUAAUAAGAAACCAAUCAAAUGAAAAAAAAAUAUUUUUUCCAAUUGGCUAAUUUGAUCUAGAACUAUGUUUGUACACGUACGGAUCUAGUGGUGAACUAAAUAAUUAAGAGCAAGAGCCAAGACAGCCUACCUCAUAGUGUAACAUCGUUUUUAGCUUUGUACCUAUAAGUGUUGACCAAAAUUUUGUGUGUGUGUGUCCGUGUGGAAGUUAAUUUAGCCCCAUAAUCGUAUGAUACUGAUUUGUAGCCAAACGUAUCCUCAUGUACGUCCAUGUACUUCUCCAUCAGCAGGUGUCAUGUCCUCGAGAUUCAGAUAUGAUCAAAAAGACUAUCAUCCUACCUACCCAAUCAAGAAUUUUUGGGUGAACAGUCGUCAUAUAUAUAUGAUUCUAAAAGGUUCUAUAAAACAAGCACAAAUGUGAAAAACAGACAUACCUAACUAGAUUGCUAUUCCAUCUCUUAUUUUGUGUUUUAGUUUAUAUAUACAUACGUCACUAUUGUUAGUUACUAUCUAAAUAAAUAAUUUUAUAAUUACGAUUUUCUGCUAGUGUUCCAAAAUAGUUGCAUGUAAUCUGAGAUAGCAUUAAUUAGUAUAUGUCAAAGAGCAUAUAUAUCCAAUAUUGCAGAUUUAUAAACAUAAUUUUGAGAUAUACGAAUAGGUUAAGAUUUAAAAGGACGGUUGGGCUAUUAUCAGCCUUAUCAAAUUUAAGUGGAUUCGCAGAAAAGCCCAUUUAUUGAAGAGAUACGUUUCCCAAAAAGGUUGUAUUUGUAAUGGACCGAAUGAUAUACAGCAGCAACAAAAUAUAAUUUUGUAGCCCAAAUAUUUCUUUUAGAAUUGUUAAAAAGUAAUGGCACUAGCUUCAUUUAGUUCUUAUAAUUACUAGAUUCUUUCAUGCUUCAAAUUUAUUAAUUUACAAAAUUUUCCACUAUAUUUACAAUAUUACUAAUUGUUUAUAUAACAUUUUUUAAAGUUGAAACUUAAAGCAUCAAGAAAAAACUCAAAGAUCAUUAACGGCGAGCAUCAUUAGUGACAAAUAAAUAUUUUAAUUAAAAUGUAAAAUAUAAAAGAUUAAAUUAAUCUAAAUAACAUUAAUCCCAAUAACAAUAAUUUUAACAUUUCAUUUGUGAAAAACUUAAAGCAUCAUUUUAAAAUACAGAGAGAUAGUAUAUAUCAACAAUAUUAGAGACAUAACUCUCACAUCGGGUAUCGAAAGAUGAUGUCUUGAGAUUUUACAUGAUUUACUUGCCAUUUUCAUACUCAUUUGAAUCACUUAGAAUGCAUUUAGAGUCAAAUUUGGUGCAUAGCAUAUGCAUGUGUGGUAUUGUAGGUUUGGUGAGGCUAAGUUGGAGAUAUGAAGGUUUGGACAAGAAAAAUGGACUUGAUGGAAUUGAGUAGAUGAGAUGGAGUGAAGCUGAUGCGGCGCGGACAUGAACUGCGGUCUCAAACCGUCCGCAAUAUGAUCCGAGAGACCCAGCCCGUGGGGACAAACCGCGGCCUAGCUUCGCGGCCUUAAGCUGUCCGCGGUGAUGGACGCGCCAAGCGACGCGGACGACGGGCGCGGGUCAAGCCAAGCCGCGGAAUUUGACCAGAGGCAUCAUGUUCUGAAGCGUGUACUGCGGCCGUGUAACGCGGCUGGGAGCCGUCCGCGGUGAAGGACGCGGGCGUGUACCGCGGACUGAGGCCAUCCGCGGCCGAUGCCGAAACUGACUUGACCACUUGUUUUUCGGGUCAAACCCGGGCUUGUCGGGUUGACCCGGUUCGAGUUUUAAACACUAUAAGCACCUUCAAGACCUAUUCUGAGGAUCUAUCUUGUUUUUCCAGAAAAAGAACACAAAAACUCUACCAAGAGAAAAGCUUGAAUCUUUAGUAUCUUUUCUUCUUAUUUUCUUGUAUUUGUUUGAUUGAUCACCAAUCAUGAUUAACACCAAAUCAUCUUUGAUUCUUGGGUUUAUCAUGAAGAGUAGUGAGUAGUUACCUUUGGAUUCAUGGGUUAAGGAAGAUUAGAGUGAUUAAGUGUAGAUCUAGGGUGUUUUGUUGUAGAUCCUUCUUAUUCUUUGCUAGUAGAGUGAUCUAAAUGCUAUUUUAGAGUUGGCCUCUCUAAAGUUGAGCUCUAGACAUUUCAUACCUGAAAAGUGUUGAUGAAAUGUCUGAUCCAACUCUCCUAAGCUUUUAACACUCUUUACCAAAGAGAUUUGUUGUUAAAGGUGUUAAAAUGGCUAUUAGACUUGAUUUUAAUGAUUGCUUAGAUGAUAUUCAACCAAAGAGAUUUGAUGCUUGAGUUAUCUUGGUGAAUGAACAUCCAUCUAGAGAUAGAGUUUGUUUAGGAGUGUAUCUAAGCCUAAGGUUGAUAGAUUGAUUGAAAGGUACCACCUUUAGAUUGAAACUUGAUCACCCAAGGUCAUUUCCCUUAGCCCAUGGGUUCUCCCAUCUCAUAAAACAAAAGAAAGUUUGUUCUUAUUUGCAUUUUAGUAGUAUUUUAGUCCAAAAACAUCUUAUCACUUGAUUGCACUUAGAUUAAGUAUGAACUUGUAUUCUCUUUGAUUCAAAAUGCUUAGAAAUGGAUUGACAUCUUAAGUACUACUUUGAUUUGAAACAUUGGACCCGAGAAAAGUCCAUUUCAAACUUGGCGCCGUUGCCAAUUCUAAGUUGUUUUGACAUUGAGAUUUGGUCCUUACUUGAGACUAAGUCUUACUUUUAUAAUAUCUAGUUACUGAUACUCUAUCCUAGUCGUUUCAUAUCUCAGGUGCAUGAACUUGAGGAGCAGAGGCCCAACAAACCUAGUUCCACCAGUUGAAGACAUUAAAGCACUUGAGAGGCAGAUUGCAAGGAGAAGAAGAGAAGAAGAGCAAGAGACUCACCUAGACAGAUUGGGAUUUGUGAUGGAACAACGUCAGAAUCAGCCUCAAGAAGGAGAGGCCAUUGGCCAAGGAGCUGCAAACCUUCGGCCACAACACCCACAGCGACAAACUAGAGCCAUUGGCACCUAUGAUCAGCCUAAUAUCCAUGGGAACAGGAUGGGCAUUAGAGCACCAGCUGUGGAGAACAACAACUUUGAGAUCAAAUCUGGUUUGAUCAACAUGAUAGAGAACAACAAGUUUCAUGGUCUUGCUUUGGAAGAUCCACUUGAUCAUUUGGACAGAUUUGACAAGUAUUGUGGUUUGUCCAAAACCAAUGGUGUUUCUGAAGAUGCUUUCAAGCUACGAUUAUUUCCAUUCUCCUUGGGAGACAAAGCCCACACAUGGGAGAAGAACAUUUCAAGUGACUCUAUCACCACUUGGGAUGAAUGUAAGAAAGCUUUCCUCACCAAGUUCUUCUCUACUUCAAGGACUGCCAAGCUAAGGAAUGAAAUAUCUGGAUUUCAACAAAAGAAUCUUGAAAUCUUUGGGGAAGCAUAUGAGAGGUUCAGAAGCUACUUAAACAGAUGUCCGCACCAUGGCUUCACCAAAGAGAGCCUGCUUAGUACUUUCUACAGAGGUGUCCUACCAAAGUAUAGAAGCCGGCUUGAUACCGCCAGCAAUGGAUUCUUCCUAGGACGAAAUGAAACAGAGGCCGAGGAACUUGUAGAGAACAUGGUUCAGAGUGAUUCAGUCUACAAUGAUGAGCAUGAUAGGAGCAACAGAGGCAGUGGGGGUGAUGACUCCAACACAAAGAGAGAGUUGAAGGCUUUACAAGACAAGAUGGAUCUACUUCUUAUGGACAGAGCCAAACAAGAGAAAGUGAACUAUGUUGGUGACCAGAAACAAGAAGAGGUAGCUAUUCUUACUGAAGUUGAUGGUCUAGAAGGUCAAGAAGAGUUGUGCUUUGUAAAUGCUAAUGGAACAUGGUACAAAAAGGAACCUAACUUUCAGUACAACAACUAUCAACAAAAGCCCUUCUACAAUAACAACCAACAAGGUGGUUACCAAGCUAGACAAAACUACUCUCAAGGUUUCGCCCCUAAAGGAAAUCAGUCUACACAAGGACAAGCCGGAUCCUCUACAUCUGCCCCACAAGAAAGUAGCACUGAACAAAUGUUGAAACAAAUAUUGGAAUCUCAAACUAGAAGUGAGAAGCACAUUGGGUAUGAGCUAAAAAACCUUCAUAACAAAGUUGAUGGAGGCUACAAUGAUCUCAACAACAAAUUCUCAAAUCUUGCUUCCAACUUCAAAGCUUUGGAGAACCAGUUUGCCUCUAUGAGUAGUAACUCCAAACGUCCUAUGGGAUCACUUCCCGGAACUUCCGAGCAGAACCCCAAGGAGACAAUGAAAUCCAUAACCCUAAGGAGUGGUAAACAAUUGCCUCCUAGAACUCUCAUUAGGGAUAAUGAGAACCAAGACGGGGAGGUGGUCAUCAAUGUGGAUGAUGAUGUGGUUAUUGUUGAUGAGAAAACCAAUGAAGAGAUCUUAGAGAAGAUAGUUGAAGCUAAAGGGAAAGGAAAGAUUGGAGAAGAAAAGAAAGUUGAGAACAAAAAUGAAAUCACAACUUCAUCAAAAGAAGCUCUGUUCAUUCCUCCGCCAUAUGAAGCAAAACUUUCCUUUCCUGGUAGAUUCAAGAGGCAACUUUUGGAGCAAUACAAGGCCUUGUUUGAAAAGCAAAUGAGUGAAGUUCAGAUUACCAUGCCCAUUAUUGACGCCUUCAUGCUAGUGCCUCAAUACAGCAAGUUCCUCAAGGAUGCUGUCACCAAGAAGAAGAAAGAGAUGGAAGGGAUGGUAGUUCUCACCCAUGAAUGCAGUGACAUUAUACAACGGUUAACCAUCCCCAAGAAGCUUGAAGAUCCAGGCAGUUUCACACUACCUUGUGCCAUUGGGCAAUUGACUUUUCAGAAGUGUCUAUGUGAUUUGGGAGCAAGUGUGAGCCUUAUGCCUCUCUCCAUUGCUAAAAGGCUUGGGUUUACACAAUACAAGAAGUGUAGACUCUCUCUUGUGCUAGCCGACCGCUCAGUGAAGAUUCCCAUUGGUAUCCUAGAAGAUCUCCCUGUUAUGGUUGGGAAUUGUGAGAUUCCUACAUACUUUGUUGUCUUGGAAAUGGAUGAAGAACCAACAGAUCCUUUGAUAUUGGGGAGACCUUUCUUGGCUACCGCAGGAGCUGUUGUGAACGUUAAGGAAGGGAAGAUUGAUCUUCAUCUUGGAAAAGGGGACAUCAUGCAUUUUGAUAUCAAGGAGGUGAUGAAAAAGCCCACUACCCAAAACCAAGCAUUCUACAUUGAAGAGAUGGAAGCUCUAGCUGAAGAGUAUUUGGAGGAAUUAGCUAUUGAAGACCCUCUUCAACAUGCCCUAACAGUUGAUAGAGAAACUCAAUUGAUCGAAGAUGAGGAGAGUGCAAGGUAUGUGAAGAUGCUAGACUGCCACAGGGAGAAAAGUGGAGAAGACAACUUCAUAGAGCUUCCACAAGAAAUUCAUCAUGCUGCCUCAGUUGAUCAACAAGAGGACCUCCAAGAAGAUGAUUGGACUGAGCUGAAGGCCCCAAAAGUGGAGAUUAAACCUCUCCCCCUUGGUCUAAGGUAUGCAUUUCUUGGACCUAAUGAAACAUAUCCUGUCAUUGUGAGUAGUGAACUGAGUGAAGACGAAUUGUCUAAACUUUUGAAUGAACUUAAAAAGUAUAGAAAGGCAAUAGGCUACUCGCUAGAUGACAUUAAAGGAAUAUCACCUUCUUUGUGCAUGCAUAGGAUACAUCUAGAGGAUGAAUCUAUGACUUCUAUUGAACAUCAAAGAAGGUUGAACCCCAACUUGAAAGAUGUUGUUAAAAAAGAGAUUUUAAAACUCCUAGACGCAGGUGUAAUCUAUCCUAUUUCAGAUAGUAAAUGGGUGUCUCGUAUUCAUGUUGUCCCAAAAAAGGGUGGAAUAACUGUGGUUAAAAAUGAUGUGAAUGAACUAAUUCCAACAAGGACAAUAACGGGACAUAGGAUGUGCAUAGAUUACAGAAAACUCAACUCAGCAUCUAGAAAGGAUCAUUUUCCAUUGCCAUUCAUCGAUCAAAUGCUAGAGAGACUUGCAAAUCAUCCAUAUUAUUGUUUUCUUGAUGGGUAUUCGGGAUUCUUCCAAAUCCCCAUACAUCCAAAUGAUCAAGAGAAAACGACUUUCACAUGCCCUUAUGGUACCUUUGCUUAUCGAAGGAUGCCAUUUGGGCUAUGUAAUGCUCCAGCCACCUUCCAAAGGUGCAUGAUGUCUAUUUUCUCUGAUCUCAUAGAGGAUGUCGUGGAGGUGUUCAUGGAUGACUUCUCUGUCUACGGAUCUUCGUUUUCUGCUUGUUUGUCGAAUCUGUGCAGGGUCCUAAAGAGAUGUGAGGACACCAACCUUGUGCUGAACUGGGAGAAGUGUCACUUCAUGGUUAAAGAAGGGAUUGUGCUAGGACACAAGAUUUCAGAGAGGGGGAUUGAGGUAGACAAGGCCAAGAUCGAAGUAAUGGUUGCAUUAGCCCCACCAAAGACAGUUAAAGACAUUAGAAGCUUCCUUGGUCAUGCUGGAUUCUAUAGAAGAUUCAUCCAAGACUUCUCAAUGAUAGCAAGGCCAAUGACUAAGCUUUUAUGCAAAGAAGCUGCAUUCAACUUUGAUCGGGAGUGUCUAGAAGCAUUCAAGAAGUUGAAGGGUAAACUGAUUAGUGCCCCCGUUGUGCGACCACCAGAUUGGGAUCUCCCCUUUGAGAUCAUGUGCAAUGCUAGUGAUUAUGCUGUGGGAGCUGUCCUUGGUCAGAAGAAAGACAAGAAGACUCAUGUGAUCUACUAUGCAAGUAGAACCCUUGAUGAAGCUCAAAUGAAGUAUGCCACAACUGAGAAUGAGUUGCUAGCCAUUGUCUAUGCCUUUGAGAAGUUUAGAAGCUACUUGGUUGGGUCAAAGGUCAUCGUAUACACUGAUCACGCUGCGUUGAGACACCUUUUGGCCAAGAAGGAUGCUAAGCCAAGACUGUUAAGGUGGAUCCUGCUGCUACAAGAGUUUGAUCUUGAGAUAAAAGACCGGCCAGGGGUUGAAAAUGGUGUAGCUGACGACUUGUCUAGACUAAAGAUUGAGUGUGGGAUCCCCAUUGAUGAAGGGCUUCCAGAAGAACAGAUCAUGGCAAUUAGAGUAGUGGUAGCAGCUUGUGAAUCCGGAAAGAAGCUUGAAGAGGUGAAGGCAACUGAAGAGAAAGAUCCUUGGUAUGCCGAUUUGGUGAACUACUUAGCCUGUGGAAGAGAGCCAUUGGGUCUUGAGGGAUAUGCCAAGAAGAAGUUCUACAAAGACGUGAAGAGAUACUAUUGGGAUGAGCCUUACCUCUACAUACUUUGUAGGGAUCAACUAUAUAGAAGAGUAGUAGCUGGAGAAGAAAUCGAUGGGAUCCUUACGCACUGUCAUGGGUCAUCCUAUGGAGGUCACUUCGCCACUUUCAAAACUGUUGCAAAAGUGCUACAAGCUGGGUUUUGGUGGCCUCAUAUGUUCAAAGACACUCAAGACUUUGUAUCGAAGACUGCUUACAAGACCCUUUUGGGAACCACACCUUUCAACCUUGUGUAUGGAAAGGCUUGUCAUCUACCCGUUGAGCUUGAGUACAAGGAUUUAGAGAAAACCAAAGCUUUUCAUGACAAGAAGAUCUUGAAAAGAGAAUUCAAUGCUGGAGAUCAAGUACUCCUCUACAACUCUAGACUGAAGUUGUUUCCCGGGAAGCUCAAGUCAAGAUGGUCCGGCCCAUUCAAGAUCAAGGAAGUUAAACCAUAUGGAGCAAUUGUGUUAUCGGACAUGAAUGGUGGAGACUUCACAGUCAAUGGACAAAGAGUUAAGCUCUACAUGGGAGACACAACAGAGGAGGAACGAAUCUUGGUUCCACUCUCCGACCCCAUUCCCGCCUAA